UGCUAUUUUUUUUCAAGUUUAUCAUUAUAUACAUAUUUAUGUUUCUUCUAGUUUCAUAGAAUUUUGGGUUUUUGAUUCAACCACUGUUGCAGCCAUAAAAAUGGCGAAAAUCAACUCUUCUAAGAGGGUUACAAGAGGUAUACAUUUAUUUGAUGAUUUGUUGAACGAAAUCCCAUCAUUUAAUUUGGGUAUUACUCAAAUUCAAGGCAAUUUUUUAGGCUCUAUUACUGCAUUGGAGAAUGAAAGAAGAUCAAAGAAGGCUAAUGAUCUUAUACUAUUGAAUCUCACGGAUGAAAUUGAAUCGGCAAAAUCCACAAACAGAAAAAAAAAUCCAAUUCCCUUAGACAUACAAAAUAGCCUCGGAAAAAAAAGAAAGAUCAACAAUGUUGAUCUGGAUAGCAGCGAAAAAAUAGGUGGUGAACAACAAGAAGCGGAGAAUGAAGAUACCGAGGAAAUCAGAUUCUAUGUGGUGAAUCGUCUGAUUGAAGCACCGCAUAUGCAUAUAUAUGCAAACCACAACAUAAUUCAAGAUUUGAAGGACAAACUUAUCAAUGUCUAGUUGAAUAAAUUCAAGAAUACAUAUUUUGGCGUAUAUAUACUAUCGAAAGUAUUUACACACAAGGGAUACAACCCAAAGUCAGCAUACAAUUUUUUAACUGAACAUAUACCUGUAAACACAUGUCGUUGUAUAUUUUUAUUUGCAUAUCAUUACCUUCAACAAUGUAUUUGA